UCAGCAUGGAAAGUACACCAAGGCAAAAAUUAAGAAAAUGCUUCUUUCUAGUUCACAAUGUUACCCUUAGCAUGUUUGGGUCAGUUUCUCUUCCAUCAGGAUCAAUUCUAGAACUCAAAAGCUACUCACAGAAGCUUCUGUUCAUAAUCGAUUCUGGACUAAUCCAAACAUGUUAAAGGGGAAAAUUAAUCAGGUGCAGAACAACAACAUCCUUGGAGCUAUCAUUUCCGAAGAGGAGUUGAAGAUACGAAGUGAGCUUGGGAUGAAGAUUGAAAGGGAUCUAGAAGAGGAAAUCAAGGAAGGUAUAUACAAUCUUGCUCUUCGAUUGCACCGGAUUCUCCAGCAGCGGAAGGAGAGAGAUGCAAAAGAAGCAUCUGAACUAGACAACCGAACCAGAGCACUUUCUGAGGUGAAAAUAAACAUAAGAAUGGAAGGGGAAACUAAAAUUGAAAUCAAAGAGGUUAGCAAAGAACCGGCUGAAAAGGGUUGUCAUAGUCCACAGGGUUGUAGACCAAAAAAUAAUGUGAAAGCAGUGAAGAAAGUUGAUUGGGAGAAGACUCUGCGAGCAGGUUCGAGCCUUGUUUCUGUCAACAGAUCAUGUGUCAGCUCAAAGCACAAGGAUAGAGUGCUGAGGGGAAAGAAUGCAAGAGGAGAGAAGAAGCUACUUCAUUUAGGGUGGAAGGUUUAAAGCUCAAUUCUUUUUUUUUUCCAUUUUUGUUUUGGUUGGAUGCAUAGUGUGGUAUGAUUCUCCCUAUAAAGAUGAAUGAUGCAGCGAGUGACCUGAAGGCUUGGAAGUUGUUUUUAUGAAAUAAAGUAUCAAUUCAGUGUGAUCUGUGUUUAUUAAACUUCAGGUUUUCCCUACCUUUUAAGUUUUAAUCAAAAUUCAGUCCCUGAUCAUACACGGACCACGAAAUAGUGGUGAUCACUUGAGACACCUAAUUUUGUGGUGGCUUAGGAAAUGGAUGGAAAAAACAACUUUGUCACUUUUGUGACGGUUUAAAACCAUCACAAAAAAGGUGUCGAAAGUGGUCUCCACUAUCGUGUGGGCUACCAUUCUUUAUAGGAUAAUGUAACAACAAUAUAAUAUACUAUUGAUACUCAAUUGUUUAGUUGAGAAUUCAAUUGUAUAACUAGUGUGUAUA